ACAAGGAAGUGUUGGUUCCUCCUUCUAUUUCGUGUUUUCCGCGUUAUUUUAAAAUUACUUUUUUGCUGUAGGUAAUUGGCUACACAGUGGAAAAAACUUCCCAGAAACAGAUGAAUAACAAGGAAAUCCUUUGGCGAGGUUGUGAAUGAUAUACUUCAGCGGUGCAUGUUGUGUUUCCAGGGACUAAUGWUGCAGACGGACUUGUAAACAUAGAAGCGUGGUGCGCUUAUAARCUGUUAAGUAGCAGCUCGCAGUUAGCAUUACGGGCAUGAGUCCAAGAAAUGUGAUAGGAGUUCAGGUUGUUCAGCUGAAACUCGGAGGUCCUGCUGGUUGYUGUGUCGUUUUCACCAGUUAGGACACAGCAGCCUUUGUGUGGCGAUAAUGAAAUUACUCUUUCUCGCCCCUCUCAGCCCCAAAACCGGGAACCACACAACAGCCGAGAGAAUACGGUCUUAUAUUGAAUCAGCAGGGCACACUUGUGAGCUCAGAGAUGCAGGGGAAUUUCAGUCACCUGCUGAGGUGGCACAUCUGGUAAACAGGGAUCCUCCAUAUGAAGGAGCACUGGCCAUUCACGUGUUCAAAGCUGGCAGACUCCUGCUGGAUGUCCAUGUGCCCUUUGGCGUCAUUUUUGGCGGAACAGACAUAAAUGAAGACGUGAAAGAUGAACAGAAGCGUGUGGUUAUGGAGCAGGUGCUGCAGAAAGCCAGAAGUUUGAUGCAGCUGUCACCAUCUUCAAGUUCAAACAGGAAGUUUGCUGUUGCAUUUACUGAUAAACUGAAAGAAGAGGCAGAACUGUUUCUGGUUGCCCAGAGCAGUAAAAUCUAUGUACAGCCCCAAGGUGUCCAGACAGAAGUGACUGAGAAACUCUGCUGGACUGACUUCCUGAGGAACUCAGGUGUGAGGAACGAGUGCGUGGAUGAGCUGCGCAUCUUCCUGUUGGUCUGUGGCCUCAGAAGAGUCAAGGACCCACUCUAUUUGGUCGAGGUUUUUUCAGGUUGGCACUGUAAGAAUCUGCUGAAUAUUUUGGUCAUUAUCGGACCAAAGAUUGAUCCUGUGCUUACUGUUGAAGUGGAAGCUGUUGUUAAAAGAACAACAGGGGUCUACUUGGCGCCGGAGCAGAGCCAACUGGAGCUGCAUGCUGUCAUGAAAAGGUGCUUUGCUGUGGUCAACAGCUCGGUUUCAGAGGGCAUGUCAGCAGCCAUCCUGGAGGCAAUGGAUCUCAGGGUGCCCGUGUUGGCAAGAAACAUCCCAGGAAAUGCAGCUGUGGUGCAACAUGAGGUCACUGGCCUGCUGUAUUCUUCUCCUCAGGAAUUUGUGCACCAAGCUCAGAGGCUGCUGUCAGAUCACGAGCUCAGAGAGAGAGUGGUAAGGAAUGGAAAGCUCUACGUGAAAAAGCACCACAGCCCGAAACAGGAGAGCGAAACCUAUCAGCGGCUGGUGGGCACCCUGCACUCAGCGUAAGAGCACAGCGUUCAUCCUAGUACUGUAAACAUCCAGAAACUUGAGCAAUGGAAAACGGGACAUCACGUAAAAAUUUUGUACAGUGGAAUACUUUUUUAUCAUAUUUAUUUGCAGAAAAAUAUUGUUUUUAUUUGCACAGCGAGACUGAAAAUGAUGCUGCAGUUCACUUUUAAACUAAAAACAUUUACGCAGAUGUUUUUGCGUGUUACAUUUAUAGAAUGUAUGCUUGUGGAAUUAUAAUGUUAUGUAUACAUCAAAGAAUAAUGUACAAACGUUCUGUUGAUUUCCUCUUAUACUAAUUGAUUUUGGCUAGUUGGUGACCUGAAAAUGUUUGAUAGUUUAAUCAUUUUUCACUCUGGUGAGACAAAAAUAGCUUUCCUGGUUUUAUGGCUACUCGUUCAUUUUUAAUAAGGUGCAACAAUAGAAUUUCACAGAUUCAUKAGCCCAGUAAAAACAGAAUUUGUGCAAAGGGCAGAGGGACAAAAGGUCCUUUCAAUUUUCUGUACAAUAGUUGGUUUUGCCAUCACUGAGGCAGUGGAUAAAUUGAAAUAACUUUUCUAAUUAAAUACCACAAACAUUUUUAAGGUAAACCAGUUGUAAACCUGCAUGAUGCUUUCAGUUAUGAUGAUUGGUUUAUAAAUUAUCAUGAAAAAUAAAAUAAUUCAAGAUGUGAAAUAAACCUUAACUUGCAAAGAAAUUUGUUUAGAAUAUUUUAAUAGAAUAAUAGAAAAAUCUUGUAAACAUACAUUUUAUUUUAUUUCACUUUUAUUUAAAGCCAAACCUUUAGUAAAAAAAAAAAACAACAGCAAAAAAAAAAAAAACAAUCUAAGAUUGAGUUCCUUAUUAUAACUGGCAAAUUAAGCAUUUAGAAUUGAAAGACUAUUAUAGUGUGUUGUUUUCACAAAUGUACAGAUGUAGAUCCACAUGCAGCAAGAACAUUUUGUGGCUUUAAACAUUUUGUAACUUCACCAUCUGAAACAUUAUCACACACAUCCAGUCUUUGAUUUCAGGUAUAUACAUUAUACAGUACAUGUACAUGUAAAAUAUGGAGGGCUAAAAUUGCCACAAUGUGACAAAUAAAUAAACCAUUAGAUAGCUAUGUACAGUAGGUCAUCACUUCGUAAAAUGUGGAAAUAAAUACAGAAAUACAAGUUAAACUAUUUACUGAAAUGUGUCAAUAAUUGUAAAUGGACACAAAUACACAAAUAAUUUGUUAAACACUAUAUAUGUUUAUGUACAAACUGAUAAUUUGUUUUCUAUAUCAAUGCUUCAUUGUUCUGGUUCUUCAGCGCAUCAAGACAUAAUUUCCUGUAUGACUGCAGCUCAUCAGCAGGCCAUAACAUCUGAUUGGUUAGAACAUGGGUUGAUGUAAAGUAGAUACUGAAACAAUAUACAGAGUAACUCAAAUAAUUGAAAUAAAAAAUAUAGAAAUGUUUGAUUUAAUACUUCAUUUCAUCCACGACAUCGUACCACUGUGCAUUUCUUGUUUCACUGUUAUGACUGUCACACAACAUGUUUAUGCUUACAUGAAAUGGAGGAAGACUGAACAUAAUGUCUGUAAUUUGGAUCAUAUAAAACUAUAACUAUAUCAGUGUUUUCACCUAAGUUUCUGGCCUUGCACAUUUCUUCUUAAAAUUUUAAGUAUUUAAGGUAAAUGUUUAAAGUGAACCACAGCUACUUGUAACAUUAGACAUUAUUUGAUAAACAUUUACUUCAACUGUAAAAGACUGUGAAAAUACCAUAAACUGUUUGGUAUUUAGAAAUUAUAAAAUUUGUUAGCGUCCAAGCUAAUACGGAUACUUGAUGGCGAUAUAGUGUUGGUUCCCAACUCCACAUAUAGGCAUUACUAACAAAUAUGUGGCCUUUGUUCACAUAUGGUUAAAUGUUUGCAACAUUAAAAUAAAGGUUUUCAUUGUUUUUAAAGGGUCAAGGACAUUGAAACAGUCAAAGCUAUAAAAGCUUUAUGUAAAUAUCUGACAUAAUAGGUCUGUACUCUAAAUAAUUUUUUAUGUUUGGUUUAUAAAAAUGGAGUGAAACAGUG